AUGGAAGAAACACAGAAAGGAACGCGCAUAGGGCCGCUGCCUGGGGGUCGCCGGGGCGCGUCUGGAGCUGGCGCUGGACGCGGCAGCAUGCGGGCCGCCAGCCGAGUGCGAGGAGCUGCACGAUCACCUAGCAGCCACUCGCAUCCAUCAUCCCCACCAGAAGGCUUGGUGUCGGCUGGGUCUUCUCGGACCCAGCAAGCGGCACCCGCCACUGGUGGAGCACGUCGCAUGCGUUGGACAAAAUCCAUGAACGAAAACGCAUUGCGGGCGUACUAUAGGGCGAAAGGGGAAGAAACUGUGGGAAUAGCGUAUAGGUCUCGGAUGCAUUGCUUUUUUGCUGAGCUGGAGCCGUCUAUACCCGUCACGGAACAAAACCUGGCAGACCGAGUUCGGUACAUCAUGCGCUCGAAAAUAUUUGAUGAUGCCGAACUCGAACGACUACGACGUGAGGCUAUUCCGUCGUCGAAUGAAUCGGCUAUGGCUGGAGAUGCAGCUCCACAUUCGACAGACCAGCAUCCACACGUGGAAGCCGGCAUGGAUCUUCCAGUUGUGGUUGAUUCGAACGACGAUGAAAUAGUCUCCCACGAACAAGAGCAAAUGAGGAGUAUAUUGGAAGAGGCGAUUUUGGAAACGCGCAGCACCCCUCUCGAAAAUCGACCGCGACUUCCCCCGCAUACCCCUAAGCAAGCGAAAUCGGGCUGUCGUGAGGGCUCUUAA